UUCAUGCCUUAAACCACCUUCAUAACAUCCAUUUUUCUCUUGUUUUCUGUGGAGGGAAAGGGUGAAGACUGUGGGAGCAGCCCGAUGGUGCAUGUGUUGGUAAAGUGUAGUUAAACAUUGAGUAAAACCUCUGGGUGAAAUGCUGUGAUGUAGUUACUGCAUUCUUCCUGGUUAGGGCCUUUGGAGUCUUGUCAGUCUCUCAAAGGUCAUUUGCCCGUACUGAGACUGUUGAAACUGCAUGGAAUUUGAGAUAACAAUGUCAGAUUUCUUUUAGUUGGGCUGGGGUAAUGUUAAUUUAGUUACUACAUUUUAACAUAAUUAAAGUAUUUUGUGAUAAAGUAUAUAAUAAAAGCAGGGAUACUUUUUACUGUCUGUUUUGAACAAUUCAGUGUCAUUAAGUUCAUUUAUUGUUAAAAAACAAUUACCACUAAGGUUUCCAGUCUGGAAGCCCAUUAAUCAAGAACUUUGUGUUUUUUCCCAUUUCCUAGCUUCUGGAAUACCCCUUUGCCUCUAUGGAACUGACCACAAUUAAAACCACACAGUAAUUUUCCUUUUCUGACUUGUUUGUUUCACUUAGCAUAUUGUCCUCAAGGCUUAUCCAUGGGUUAGCAUGUCAGCAUUUCCCUUAUUUUACAUAUCUAUAUAGCAAAGAAUGACGAGAAUGAAAGGAUACAUGGAUAAACUAGAAACAUAUGAGUAACACAUAUGAAGCACCUCAAUAUGUGUUGAGUUCUAAAAACUCAGCCAAGCAAAGCUGAACACAUUUAGAAAAAGGAUCUAAGGACAUUGGAAAAUUUUUCUUUAAAUGUUAAUUUUAUUAUUAUUAUUACUUGUAGUGCUACUGGACAUUGAACCCAGGAUCUUGAGCAUGCUAUAAGUUAUUUUUUAUCAUGGAACAUCUUAACCACUAAAAAAAGGUAGACACUAAUAUACUCUGCAGCAUUUUCUCUCUCAUCCAGCCUUAGCAAUUAUACAACAUCCUCAGUCUUAUUUUAGGGUUAUUUCUUCCUGUCAUUGGAUGGUUUAAAAGCAAAUCAACUGCCUUAUAAUUUUGUCUAUAUCUUAGUAUACUCUAAAAAAGGCUCCACAAUAAAUCCGAUUAUUUUAAAAAAUAAUUUCUGGGUUAUCAAAAAUACCUUAGUGAGUAAAGGGGCUUGCUGCUAAGCUUGAGUUUAUUCAGGAGGGGAGAAUUGACCCCCCCCAAGACGCCCUCUGACUACCACAUGUGCUCUGCCACCCCCUUCCCAUAUUUCUGACUAGGAAUGUGACUCAACACUGAGAGUAUUUGCCUAGAGUGUGAGAAGCUCUAGAUUUGAUCUGUGAUGUUUCAAAAAGAAUACAUAUAUACAUGGACACAGACACACAGACACAUAAUAUAUCAGGUAUCCAUUUAUUGCUCCCUGAUUAUCAUAUGUGUGUGUCAUGACCUAUGGUCUAAAGAUAGGAACAGAUUUAAUUAUGAAAUCAUCUACAUAUAGUUGUUUUAAUUGAGACCCAAAUAAGGUCUAUACAUUACAGUUUAAUAAUUUGUUUAGCAUUCUCCUCCCCUCCUGAUUUGCUUUCCCCUCCCCACUCGCUCUCUCUUUUUGAGGUAGGGUCUCCUUGGAUGUCCUGGACAUUGUUAUGUAGACCAGGCUGGCUUUGGACUUGUGGUAAUCAUCCAGCCUCCCCAGUGCUAGAAUUACAGGUGUGUACUUAUUUCCAUGCCUGGCUUCAAGAAGUCUCUUUGAAGUCCAUAGGUUCUCCAUCUUUUUCUGUUUAGUUUGUAUUGAAGAAACUGAAUUUUACUGAUUGUGUCCCCAUAAUGUUAAAUACAUUGAUUUCUUGCUUGUGUUUCUUGUGCAUUGAUAGUGAUUCCAUGAGAAGAAUGGGAUCCAACCCUACAUGGAUACUGAGGGAUGGAUGGACAUAUGUAUAGUCUGAGCACAGGACUGAGAUGCCAUCUUCUGCUGUUAUGUUGGCAAUUUAAACCCCAGUUAAAGCAAGUGAAUUCAGUAAAAUUUAAAAUCAACUACAGUAUGGUAUUACUGUGACUUCUGUUCCUUCUUUUUGUGAUUUUAACAUUUGACAUUUGAACAUCUGCCAGUGUGGGAUUUGUAAGAGCCCAAGACCUUCAAGUCAUUAAUAAUCUGACGGUUCCUGAAUUAACUGGGAAAACAAACAGAUCAAGUGCCAGUUGAAGACUGUAUCCAUACAUGUAAACCUUGUCUACACACACACCUUCAUAAGAAGACAGGUUCAUUCUGCACACAGAAUUUCGCAGCUGAUGAAAAUUAAGCAUCAGAUGAAACAACUUGAUACUGCUGGGGUCUGGAGUCGGUGGAGCGCAGUCCAUCACUAAUGACAAAUUUUCCUUAUGGUGUUCAUGGGCAGAGCAAGUUUGCAGAAGAAAAAAUUGCACGAAUUAAGCCUCAAGAUUACCUCUCCAGUAUAAAGAAGCAACAGAGUUUAAAACUCUGCACUAAAACUCAGUAACUUUUACUUUGGUUGUGGCUUUCGUGAGGGGAGAGAUCUGAAAAGGAACAGAUAGAUUCCUUUGUGUCUUUAGCUAACUAUUUGAAAAAAAAUUUAUUUAUUGUUUAGCUUUUUGAAAAUAUAAGGUAUUUUAAAAUUCUAAUUGGAACUGCCAAUUACAAAAUAAAUAUCAAGGAAAAACCUUCUUGAACUAAGGUGUGUGAACAGGCUUGUACUCAAAGGUGUCUUUUCAGCUCAGCAAAGCGUAGAGCUGCUCUAGAGAGAUGGUACAGCUUGGAGAAUGCUGAUACACACCUGGAGGGAUGGUUUAAAGACUUGGAUUUGAGAGGAAGAUUAUUUAAUGGGCUUAAUUCUAAGAUUGCUUUCUUUUCCACCAAGAUAGAAGAAUACGUGAUCUUUAGGAGCAAAAAAAGCAGAGAAACGAGUUUAAGGAGAAGCAAAUACCUGCAGCCUCUUUUUCAGGGAGAAUCAGGAGUAAGGAAAGCACUUGGUCCAGGUUGAAUGCAGCUCUAACCUCUACUCCACCAAGGGAAGGGGCUUUGCUCCAGUCCCUAUGGCACUGAGGGGUGCUCCAGCCAAUGGAGGAGUCCUUCUAGGGAGCCACGUAUUCCUGGGGACACAGGGCCAGCCUUUGAGACAGGAAACUUCUGAUUGUGAACAGUGGGGAAAAGUGUUUUUCUUCCUGAUAUUUGGGCUGCCGUUUGCACACGAGCUCCAGCCUGAUUUUGCUCGUUAGUGUGCCUUUUCCCUUAUGCAAACUUUUUCAGCUGUCCAACAGAAAUUUGUCUAGUUCAGAAAUUGUGCCAGAGGGUGGCUUCAGAAAGAAGGUGAUCUUGUAUGUUCAUUGUCUGCAUUUGAACUUUUGAGUAGAAAAUUCUAGUUAGAGGGAUUCUUAAACACCUUAAGUUACUUGAAAUCUAUGUGUCUGCAACCCUUUAUCUCUGGAAUCACAUUACACAAAACUGGAAUCUCAGGCUGAGAAUAACCAAACUGAGUGAAGACAAAGCGAACUGCUUCUCCAUCACCACUUACUAAAAGAGCUCUUUCUCCAAAGGAUUGGCAUGUUUUCCUCCUAAGAACAUAAAAAUGAAAACAGACUCCAUGUGUUUUUAGGCAUUACCUUUCUUAGCAGACUGAUGUUAUCUUUUACAGAGGAAUUUUUUCACUAUGUAUUUGGUGGAUCUUUGUAAAAUAUUGACCUAAUUUGACUGUAAAUCAGUUGUAACUAAAGGAGAAAAAAAAAACAAAAAACAAAAAAACAAACCGAGUCCAGCUACAAAAAUAAGCCAAUGAAAACUUGGUUUGAAGUUUUCAGUUCUUUUUAAGUGAAAUAAUUCAUUGACAAAGUAUGUAUGCAGCAGUGGAGCAUGGGCCUGUGCUUUGCAGUGACUCCAACAUCCUCUGUCUGUCCUGGAAAGGGCGUGUCCCCAAGAGCGAAAAGGAGAAGCCUGUGUGCAGAAGGCGCUACUAUGAAGAGGGAUGGUUGGCCACAGGCAAUGGGCGAGGUGUGGUGGGGGUGACUUUCACCUCUAGUCACUGUCGAAGAGAUAGAAGUACUCCACAGAGGAUAAACUUCAACCUUCGAGGUCACAACAGUGAGGCUAGAAUCGUCAGAGGAGCCUCAGUUGAAGAAAUGCCUCCACGACAUGAUCCAGCUGUUGUGCUGGUGAGAUGGAAUGAGCCGUACCAGAAACUGGCCACAUGUGAUGCAGAUGGAGGGAUAUUUGUGUGGAUUCAGUAUGAAGGCAGGUGGUCUGUGGAACUGGUCAAUGACCGUGGGGCCCAGGUGAGUGACUUCACAUGGAGCCAUGAUGGGACUCAAGCGCUUAUUUCAUACCGAGAUGGGUUUGUCCUGGUUGGUUCUGUCAGUGGACAAAGACACUGGUCAUCUGAAAUCAACUUGGAAAGCCAGAUCACGUGUGGAAUAUGGACUCCCGAUGACCAGCAGGUAAUGCUCUGAAAUGUCACUGUGCACUGUUACUGUAGCAGGUUGAGGAAGAGGCUGAGGGGACAGAUACAAAAAUCUCUUACAGCAUCACAAAGCAUGGAGGGCACCAUUCACCAGUGUAAACGCUUGUCAGGUGUGCAGGGAAAGAUUAAACAAGAACACUGUCCAGGUUAAAAUUAAAAUAUGUAAAUGAAACAAAAGAUUAGAGAAAUCCCAAUGUGGUAAUUCAGUUAAUAUUUUAAUUAUAUGAAAUGUUCAUAAAAAUUCAUUUUUAAAAUCCAAAUAAACAGCCAAUUAAUCAGUAGGUAACAAGUAGAAAAGGAAAUUCAGCUAAUGUCAUAUUGUGGAAAAAUUUUUUCUCUGUGGGAACAAUUAGCACAGUUCACUUAUGAGUAGUAAUACUGAGAUAACACAGAUGGUGCUGAAGUUAUUGGGCCAGUGUGUGACUGGUGUCCCCAUCACUUCUGGUCAGGGAAGCAGUUGGCCAGCAUCUGUCAGAGGUUUACAGCUUGUCAUCUACUCUGCGAAUAUACCUCCGGAAUUCUGAGAGCAAAAGCAGGAAGAAUCAGCUGCACUCAUAAGGCUUUCUGUGUGAUGGAAAAGCAGGGCCUUACCCGAGAGUAGGUGCAUUCAGUGUGGCUGAGCCACUGACAAGAUCUAUGGAGAUAACAGGCCACAGACCAUAGUUAUGAAAAUGGCAGGCUGACAGAGCUCUUAGAGAAUUAGGGAGAAAUCAGGAUAUGAAAUGGUUGUCAUGUGUUGCCACACUAUAAACUGCCCCAAGGAUCCCUGAGCACAGUGAGAAGAACUGGGAGGAUGUGAUGGGAGGAUGUGAGUCAGACAGAGCACCGAAUACCUUCGUGACAGCAAGCCACUGGUUGCUUUUCUCAAGUAUAAUUUCAACUGUUUCUUUGUUGUCCCUAUUUGUUUCAAUGGUAAAAUAGCAUAAUGACUCAUAAAAUUGUGUAUUGAUCAUUUUAAAAUAUGUUAUUGACUAAUUUAAAUCUUUGCAAAUAUAAAACAUGUGUUUACCAAGUAUAGCAAAAUCCAUAAAAUGCCAAAUUUCAUACCAGAGAUGGAAUAAAUUUUUUAAAGCAAGCAGUAUAAAAUGGAAACUGUAUCUUCUGUUUUUGAGCCAUAUUUCUUCCCUUUUUAUUUAUUUAUUUUCACUAAAUGGUUACCUUGCAUUCAUUUCAUGUUGCCAUCAUAUCAAGUUUAAAUAGGCAAAAGUUUUUCAAGUGUUGAAUAUUGCUUCAUGCUAAAAGUUUGUGUUGUGUUAAGAAAGGUAACCCUGUCUGGAUAUUGGAUAGUGAAUGGGGACUAUGUAUAUUUUAAUGGGGCUGCCAUAGCAAAGUACCACACAUAGGGUGGCUUAACCAGCAGAAACUCAUUUCUCACAGUUCUGAGGCUGAAGGUCAAGACUGAGACAUUAGCAUUGUGUCUUUGGCUUAUGGAUGGCCAGUGCUUACAGUGUCCUUACGUGACUCCAGCCCUGGAGUCUCUCUCCCAGGAUGCCCAUACCUGUUGGAUUAGACUGUCACUAGCAUGUCUUCAGUCCUCAUCUGAAAAUAUAGUCACAUUCAGUAAAUUUGCUGGAAAGCAACAUAAUUUUGGGGGCAUCUAAUUCAGUUUGUAACAGGGUAAUAAAUUAUUGGAAAAGAGAAGUUCACAAAAACAGCACUAGUGUAAACAGUUCGAUAAUUUUGGAAAGUGUUUAUAUUAGAACACAUGUGUUUAUAUUAGAACAAUUGUAGGAUUUUUGGGGAGGGACAGCAUACAUAAAAAAAAAUAACAGAUAUGAUCAGCAAAAGAGUCUGUAGGUCUUACACUGAUCCAGGGCAAUGGAGCAGUGAUGCUUUUGCCAUUCUAAGAAGCCUCUGACAUUGGUUUCCUCUGUGUUUUCUUGGGUUUGGGAGACCAGAGCACUUGAAUAUGAAAGUGCUUUGAGAUGUAGACAUUUGCAUUAUCCCACCAGUGGGUUUAAGGUCUUGGCCACCUGUCCUGCCACUGAUGCAUGCUGCUGAGAGCUUGACUUUGAUCUCCCUUCUUUGGAAAGGCAAAGGUAGUAACAGACCUCCAGCCACUGGCCAGACAGGCUUCGUCUGUCUGACAAAAGCCUCAAAAUCAAAUUUUGUGAAUUUAGUCUAAAAGAUGAACUCACACGUGUAGUAACAUGGGAAGAGAUUCUCUGGUUUUUCCUAGAAGAAUCCCAAGAAAAAAACAGUCGUCAGGGGCUUUCCUCUGCAAUAGCUAUAGAGUUCCACAGGACUGUGUGCCGUGGAAGAAAAGUCUUUACCUAACUAACAUACUGGUUGUUAGCAGUACCCAACUUCAAUUGCCCUGAGUACAGUUCAUACUUGAAGUUCGAGAAGUCUUUAACACACCUGUUGUUGGCUGUGCCCAACUUUAGUUGCCCUGAGUACAGUUCAUACUAAUUUUGUAACAGCUUGGCUUCAGGUUAGGGGAACUUUGUUUAUAAUACAUGAAUGUGUUGUGGGAAUCUUUCUGAAAUAAACACUCCAAUGCCAGUGAGAGUGGAACAAAGAAGUCAGUAGUGGACUGGAGCCAGGGUAGCUUCUAGAAGGCCUCAGCCUCCGGUCUAGUUGCAUUCUCAUUUACCCUAAAGCCAUAAGGUAGGACGGUCAAGCAAGAGAGCAGAAGCGCAUGCGGCAGUCAGCAAGUUGUUAAGGCAGUGAGCCAUCAUUUUAGCUAUGUCUUCAGGUCUCCUUCUGUUCUAGGGGGCAAGUGAAGUCGUGCUUGGAAAUGAGCAGUGCACCAGUGCUUGAGGUAAAUCACUAAAUCAGUGCCUAAUAAUUGGUCUUCUCUAUCCUACUCUAACUCAAGUGCACUGCCUAUUAAAAUACACUUAAAUGUUUUUCAUGAAAGGGGAAGAAAGACAUCCCUCUAAAACACAACCCCAUGAUCAGGCCUUUGAAAUAACACAAAUGCCCAGUUUGCCACUCACCAAAAAGGAGGCCCAAGGUAGUUAUCUACACUUGAAUUUUUAUAAAUUGUCCCAAGUGAUGCUGGGAUCUUCCUAACUGGAUCAGUGUGGAUUGUCUAGACCUCUCCUGUGCAAGGACCCAGGACCAGGGCCAGUGUGUGCUCACCUGGUCCUAUUGUAACUCCUACUUUCAAACAUUGCUCCUGCCUCUCCUGUGACAGCCAGAAAAGCCUUACAGUCUGAUUUUAAAAUGCUACAAAUUUCUCCAAGCAUAUUCCUAAAUAUGAUGAAAGCAAUUUUUUUUUCCCUGUAGCUACUAACAAGCUUCUUCACAAAAGGGCUGAGUUGGCAGGCAUGGUGCAUUUGGGCAGAGGCAGGCUGACCUGUAAGUUUGAGGCCAGCCUAGGGUUUGAGAGGUUCUAACGUCUGGAUCUGUGCUUCUCACAGUACUUAAGAUAUGUAGUGACCAGAGCAGAGUCUACAGGACUAUCACUGGUCCCUAGGACAAACCAAGCCCAGCACAAGCUAACCUAGGAAGGACAGAUUUCAGCUGGCAGUGACUGGUAAAGCUGAUUGAGCUGCUCUGCCAUCUGUGCAGACUUGAUAGGCUGACUUCAAGAAAGAGGCCCACUGACACUGUAUCAGUUAGGAAGGAGCAAAAGCAGGAAGAAGGUUCCUGGAAAUGGAGUUCAGAUUAGAUUCUACUUAGCUGACCUCCAGCAAAAGCAGGAGAUGGGACCCUGUUUUGGGUUGUGGCCCAGAUCCUGUUCUCUUAGACACCUUGAGCCUUCACAGGCAGGAACUUGGGAGAGGCCAGUGUUAUUCUAGGGACAUGGCCUAGCCUUGAGUUUUUAGAAAACAGUAUCAGUGUUCACUCAAGGAUGGGAGAGGCAGAAGGGGAGUGAAUGAAACUAUUUGUGUUGAAAUCCUGCCUUUUGUUAGGUCACAGUUAGGUGUAGUCAAGGUCAGGACUCAAAGGUUUUGAGUGGAGUGUGAUUGGGGAUGGUUUUUACAUUGAAACAGUACAUAUCUCAUCUCUCUGACAAGACAUACAUGCUCUCAGUGCCAAUGGCAGACAUGUUACAUGGGCUGUUGUGGGAAAGCAUGAAAAGACAGCCAUGACAAUUCCACAGGAAUGCCUGUGGAACCCUUGAAAGUUGGUUCUUGAAAGUUAGACACUUGCCUUCAGAUAACCAUCCUCAGACAGGGGUGGUAGGAAAGCAUAUGAAGAAAGUCUAACCCAAGGUUGACUUUAAGAUGUGUAGACAACAAUUUUCUUCCACAUCCCAUUCUUAAUUUGUUUAGUGUAAAUUUCAUGAAAGAGCUCUACUUAAUAUAUCUUUUAGUGUGGACAACUUGCUAGAUUAGCAGACGGAAAGAUACAUUAAAUAGAUGGAGACAAGGUUCAUAAACUCAGGAGGUUAGGUUACAUUUAGGGCAGGUGAGGUUUAGACAUUCAACAGAAUACUUUUUAACACUGAAUAUAAACUCUUGCCACAAAAUCCAUGUAUUAAACCUGGUUUCCAGAAUUAUCCAAACCUCCUCUUAAACAUCAUUUAAUUUUUUAAUACUUAAAUAUUUUCUUUAGCAAACAUAUCCAAAAUAUGAAGCUUCAUGUUAUAAUUUUGUUUAUGUAUCAGAAUAAUCUAAACUGUUCAAGAUACCUCUAAGCCACAACAGCUUGCAUCUUUCUUUCCACAUUGUCAUUCUCAAAGGUAUUCCAUAGAGGGGCUAGGAAAAAACAAAAACAAAAAAACUUAUCAAACCCCUGUAAAUUCUUCUUCACUUCUAUUAUAGUGCAUGACUUUCUCAUCUACCCCAUAGUAGUCGAUGAGCCCGGUGAGGCUGAGUUUUCUCAUCAUCCUCAGACAUGACUGCCUGCAUCUCAUACAGCAGCCGCUGGCUGCACUUCCACCACUUCUUUAUUAACAACUCUAACUCAGACAGGUUCUUUAUUCUAUACAUUUUGACAAGUUUUAAUCUCCGAAGGUCUUCCUUCUCUUGAACCUGCUUUGCCAUUUUUUAUUUUUCUUCCUUUAAUCUUUCUUUAGUAUUCUCACUCUCAAAAUCAUUUUGGAGGGCACUGGAUGACCCAGGACCAAGUGACUUAGAUUUGCAUGUAUUUAUAUUCUCCAAGCUGUCUUUUUCAGAUGCACUGUCUUUGAGUUCCAAACUUCCUUAAAACUCUGAACAGCUUUUUUCUUUUGAUGAUGCUCCUGAUUCUGAAAAGGUGUUCGGAAAAGGUUCCUCCUCUACUUGGUCGCUUCACCACACUACAAAAAGAAGAGAUGAUGACCUUGUCUUCUUUAAUGUUUCUUUAAGUGUUCCACUAAUAAGUUGUUUUCCUAAACUAUUUGUUUGGGGUGAUGGUAGAGUCUCACUGGUCUCGGGAGUGUCAGGUAAAGUCAAUGCUGAAUCUGCUGCGCUCUCCAUCUUGGUGGAUGUUGAAUCUGAUUCGCUCUCCAUCUUGAAGCGAACUCCUGAUUUCCUUCUUUUUCAGCCAUGCCCACAGCAGAACAACAGACCCACAGCCAGCAUAGCGACCACAGUAGACGGCCUCACCCUCAAUAUAUCUUAUAAUUUAUUAUAUCUAGUGAUUCUGUAAUUAGUUGAGCCCAGAGAGAGACAUGAACAACCAGAACUGUAAUGUGUGUGUUGGAGCAGGGUCUUGCUAAGCAGCUCAGGCUGGGCUCAAAUGAGUACAGAGAUUGCAGAUGUGCACCACUGUGCCUAGCAUUGGGUCUUAAUUGCUAUCCUCAGUGACCAAAACAGCAACAAAAUGUGAAACACAAUGUAAAAAUACAGUAGCUGUACCUCUUUCAGUUAAACAAAUUUCUGCCACAAAGCACUCAAAAAUUUCAGAAUACAUGCAAAACAAAACAAAAUGCUCCAAACUAGAAAUAAUGUAGCAUACUGGUAGGAUGAGAUGGCAGCAAAGGCAGGAGUCUAUCUGCUGACUCUUUUCCUUGUUUUCUCAGUUGUGGUGAUUCAUGUCCUCCUCGACUGUUUUAGAAAGGAACCUUCCCAUGUGUGAUUAGUUCAGGGCUUAAAAUAAGGACGGGCUUCCCUUUCAUAGUGUAGUACCACUACAGAACCAUUCCUGGAUCUGUCUGUAGGGAGGAGGGAAGAGAACUUGUGGCAUUGCUUUAAUGGACAGACUCAUUUCUGGGCAGCAGAGGGUAACUGCUCGCAGCUGCUAGGUUAGUUUAGAAGUAAGUGGUCUUUUCUUCAGUAAAGUGAUGAGAUGUCUUCAGACUUACAGAAUUGCAUAUUUAGCCCUAAGACACAGAUUUAGGAGUGAUGGUUGCAGUCAAGUGUGAAACUUCUUGUCUUUUCAGAAUGCACCAGGAAAUAGUCUGUCAGGUGAGCAGUUCUUUCAUUUACAGCUGCCCCAUUUUAGAAGCUGACUCUUUAGUUACAUAAUGUCUGGGCCUAGCCUUGAAGCUCCUCUGAAGGCCACUGUUGUAAAAUGCACCCGGGAGGUCUUUGAGGGGGGAGUUUGUGUGAGUUGUACAUCAGAACAGUGGCUUCCACUGAAGAAAAGGAGGCUGUCCUUUCAUUCUGGUCGUCAGCAGCCUGUUCAGGUUUGCCACUAACCAUGCUAAUGUUUCCCCCUUAUGAAAAAGUCACCACCUCCUUCAGGAACUAAUUCCAGUGCUGCUAAUUACACACCAUUACCAAGAGCUGUUUGUGGAAGCAUGUGUUGUUGACAUGCAGUUCGUUGGUCUGGUCUUACUCAAGAGUAUAGAUGAGUAUUGUGCCAGAAGAUGAUGAUACUGGUGAGAUGCUGCUGCUUCCAGAAUCAGAGUCCUGGGAAUGAUGCUUCACCUUCACUCUCUCCCACGCAGGGUUGGAGUGUGGCUCACAGUUCACUGUAAGCCACUAGUAACAGUUGUGCUCAUCUAAAACUAGUUCUAUUUGGAAAUGAAGAGAUGUACAUACUGCCUUAGUUAGAGUUUCUAGUGCUGCAAUGGAACACCAUGACCAAAAGGCAACUUGGGAGCAAAGACUUUGUCUUACACUUCCACAUGAU